AUGGCGCCCUCAAAAGAUGACCCCCAAUCGGACGACAGUUAUCUCUCCGAGACCUCUGACAUAAAUCGACCCGACACCGAAGACCGCGCCCCUAAGCGCCGCCGCCUCUCCGAGUCCGAGGACGACGACGAUGAGUACGUUGCGCCAGCACCGCUCCCCACUGUCUCCCGAAUCAAGAAGAAGGACGAGAAUGCAAAGAAACCCGAGCCCACGGAGGAGGAGAACCCUGUCACAAUCCGUGAUGCGCUUGAAAUUGGACUUCGCGCGGAGGAAUCGACAUUCGGCGCUUUGAACGUGUCACCAUGGCUUGUGGGUUCUUUGACGACGAUGGCUAUUCGACGACCUACCGCUAUUCAGAAGGCUUGUAUUCCUGAGAUUCUGAAGGGGCGAGACUGUAUUGGUGGAAGUCGAACUGGUUCAGGAAAGACCAUGGCCUUUGCCGUUCCUAUCAUUCAGAAGUGGGCGCAGGAUCCAUUUGGUGUCUUUGCUUUGGUUUUGACCCCGACGAGAGAGUUGGCCCUUCAAAUCUUUGAGCAGUUCAAGGCUAUCUCCGCGCCGCAGAGUAUGAAGCCCAUCCUCAUUACCGGAGGCACAGAUAUGCGCCAGCAGGCAAUCGAGCUCGCAUCACGACCACACGUCGUCAUUGCGACCCCGGGUCGCUUAGCCGAUCACGUCAAGACGUCCGGUCAGGAUACGAUUGCCGGUCUUCGCCGUGUGAAGAUGGUCGUUCUCGAUGAAGCCGACCGACUUCUCGCAAGCGGACACGGCAGUAUGCUGCCAGAUGUCGAAACCUGCCUUUCAGCAGUUCCUCCCUCCUCCGAACGCCAAACCCUCUUGUUCACUGCGACUCUGACGGCCGAGGUGCGGGCACUAAAGUCGUUGCCGCGCACCGGUGACAAGCCGCCAAUCUUCGUGACCGAGAUCUCGACCGAAAACCAGGGUAGCAUCCCGCCAACUCUCAAGCAGACAUAUCUCAAGGUGCCCAUGACGCAUCGCGAAGCGUUCUUGCACGCUUUGCUUGCGACCGAAGAAAACAUCUCCAGGCCCGUUAUUAUUUUCUGCAACCAUACCAAGACUGCCGAUCUACUUGAGCGUAUGUUGCGUCGACUCGGUCACCGCGCUACUUCCCUACACAGUCUGCUCCCACAAUCCGAGCGAACGUCGAAUCUUGCCCGAUUCCGAGCCGCAGCUGCCCGGGUCCUCGUUGCCACUGAUGUUGCAUCUCGUGGUCUCGAUAUUCCCAUCGUUAGCCUGGUUGUUAAUUUCGACGUGCCGCGGAACCCGGAUGACUACGUGCACCGUGUUGGUCGUACUGCCCGUGCCGGCCGGAAUGGUGAAGCCGUCACCUUGGUCGGCCAGCGAGAUGUUGAGCUCGUCCUCGCCAUUGAGAAGCGUGUUGGACGGGAGAUGGUAGAGUGGGCUGAGGAAGGUGUUAAUAUUGAGAGUCGUGUGACGAGAACCACCAUUCUUAAGGAUGUUGGCGCUGCGAAGCGCGAGGCUGCUGGAGAAAUUGAAGAAGGCCGUGAUGUGCUGGGUCGCAAGCGGAAUAAGUUGAAGAAGGUCCGGUGA